AUGCCCAACAGCCACUACCCGCGACGCCCAACAGCCACUACCCGCGACGCCUCACAGCCACUACCCGCGACGCCCAACAGCCACCACCAUGAUGUCCAAGCAACAGCCACCUGCCCAAGGAGCAAUUCCCCACAGCUACCACUCAGCGAUGCCCCACAGCCACUACCAGUUACGCCCCAACAGCCACUACCAGCGAUGCCCAACAUCACCCGGCGAUGCCCAACAGCCACGCCACCUGCGACGCCCCACAGCCACUACCCGCGAUACCCCACAGCCACUACCCGCGACGCCCCACAGCCACUACCAGCGAUGCCCAACAGCCACUACCCGCGAUGCCCAACAGCCACUACCCGCGACGCCCAACAGCCACUACCCGCGACGCCCAACAGCCACUACCCGCGACGCCCCUCAGAAUCAACACAACACCUACGACGCGAGGGUCUUAAGUUAAUGAACUGA